AUGGAUGAGCUGAAUGUUAGCCACGUAACUCUGACCGGAUACGUAGAGAUGAGUAAAUACAGAUACCUUUAUUUUUCUGUUUUGUUUACUGUUUAUGUUUUGAUCAUCUGCAGCAAUGCUACCAUUGUUUAUCUCAUCUGGGCUCACAAAAACCUCCACGAACCGAUGUACAUCUUCAUCGCAGCUUUGCUGUUUAACUGUCUCCUCUACAGCACCACCGUUUAUCCAAAGCUUUUGAUCGACUUCUUGUCGGAGACGCCGAUCGUCUCCGUGUCGAGUUGUCUUCUGCAGUUUUUCAUGUUUUAUUCUAUCGGCGGCACAGAGUUCUGGCUGAUAGCGUCUAUGGCUUUUGAUAGGUAUGUGUCGAUAUGUAACCCUCUGAGAUAUACGACCAUCAUGAGGAAAAGUACCGUUAAAGUACUCCUCAUUCUGGCCUGGUUUGUGCCCGCCUGUCACAUCGCACCAGAAGCGAUACUGAGCGCCAAAACUCCGAUAUGUAGCUCGGACUUGAACGGAAUAUUUUGCAAUAACGCCAUGUUCAAACUUCACUGUUCAAAACCAAGUUCGCUUACAGUUUUGGGAGUCGUUGCUUUAUUAAAUGUGGUCAUACUCCCGAUGCUUUUUACAGUUUUCACGUACGCAAAGAUUUUUAUAAUGUCUUAUCAAAGUGGAAAGUCAUUUAGGAGGAAGGCUGCUGAGACCUGUGUGCCUCAUCUGAUCGUUUUAAUCAGCUUCUCCUAUUUGGCUGCAUAUGAUGUGGCCAUAGCGCGAAUGGAGACCGAUUUCCCCAAAACUGCACGCCUAAUAAUGACAAUGCAAAUAUUUCUCUAUCACCCUUUAUUUAAUCCGUUUAUCUACGGGUUGAAAAUGAAAGAAAUCUCUAAACAUUUAAAACUGUUGUGUGUAAAGAGGGUAUAA